AUGAGCCGUCGAAUAGCGAUUGAAAAAGUUGUUGCACGAGUCUUCGGUCAUCCAUUUCAUGCCAAUGGUGGAAAUCCAGUUACCAUAUUUUUGCCUCAAAGUCCAUUGCUUCCAAAUACGCAAGAAGUUUUGGCCAAAGAAUGUUCCUGGGAGAGUGUCAUGGUGGAAACUCUCACCUCGGAGAAAAAAGUUAAUCACAAAAUGGCCUUCUUUAUGCCUAGUGGAUUGGAAGUUAGUUUUUGUGCACAUGCUGCCAUGGGUGGAGCAGUAGCAGCCGCUGCCCUACAAUCGGAGGACAAUCGGGCAUCCCUUUCGUUUGCACCCAACUUAUUGCCAGAGGAAGUUCAUACCGUGGCCAUUUCGCCCUCUGGAAGCGAAGCUACUUUGAAAAUGAAAAAUGUCGAAUUUGAAAAUUCUCCAGUGAGCCACAGUCCCUCGUUGCAACGACUAUUGCGUGGACACUUGGGCAUUUCUGGGGCUAUGCUGGGAAAGAACCAUCCAGCCUUGCCACCAACCUUUUGCAAUGCUUCCGUAGUCCGACCGAAAACUAUGGUGCAUGUUAACGAUAUUGAUGAUCUACGAAAUAAGGUACAAGUGCCACGGGUCAAGAAAACUGGGAGAAAUACAUUCGAAUCGGCCUGUGGGGCGAUUGACGAGUCCACUGGAAUCUAUUUGUAUUCACAUGUGCAAGAUGACGAAACUACGAGUAGUUGGGAAUGCCGUCAAUUCCCUAGGGCUUCAGGCUACCCAGAAGAUCCUGCAACUGGAAUUGCUGCGGCUGCUCUUGCAGCUAGUAUGGUGCAAACGUAUUCGGGUGGAGGUAUCCCACCAACUGAUUUCAAUUUUUAUCAAGGAAUGAGUAUGGACCGACCAUCAUUGAUUCAAGUUGUAGAUCUUCAGCUACAAAGAAAGGGAGAUUCAUCUCUAGUGUCGCUUGGACUCAAGGGGAAAGUCGAAAUCGAUGAGCGGUCCACAAUAGAAGUAGAGCAGGAAGAAGCUGCUUGA